AUGGGGAAAAGCAACCAUUUAAGUGACUUAGUAAAAAAUGUUCAAUUUUUUGUUACGACAUGUAGAGAAAAAAAUAAGAAAUUGAUGAGCAUGAGUAGUCUUGAUUUAUCAGAUGAUGAAAUAUAUACAACUACAAUGAAUCUUCUAGAAGAUAAAAAAUAUGGAGAUAAAGAUGAUAAGGGUAAUUAUAUUGAAAAUAGUAGUAGUAAAGAAUUUUCAGAUGAAUUAAUGUAUGGUAUGUAUAAAAAAUAUUCUACUACCUUUAAUAAACAAUUUAAAAAAACGUAUACUCAGGAUGAUCAUUAUAGGAAAUUGUUAAAUACUUUUGAAAAGGAUAAGAUAACGAAGUCUGUCGACCUUAAAGGAAAGAACAAUAAUGUAGAAAGUAUGUUUGAUAGAGCAACUGGAAUGGAUAAUGAACAGGUAGUUUCGGAAAUGAAUAGUAGUAGCCAUAAUGGUAGUAGUAACCAUAAUGGUAGUAGUAACCAUAAUGGUAGUAGUAGCCAUAAUGGUAGUAGCCACCAUAAUGAUAGUAGCCACCAUAAUGAUAGUAGCCACCAUAAUGAUAGUAGUCACAACAGUAGCUGUAGUUUAAGACUAGAAAGGAUUAAAGAAAAAAUGAAACAAAAAAAAAUAGAUGAUAUGAAAAAUGAAAUGAGAGAAUACGAUAUACAUUUAUUGAAACUAUAUAAUAAAUUAGAAAGUAAUGAAAGAAAAAGUAAAUUGCUAAAUAAAGGGAAAAACGUAUCUUCCCAAAAAAUAAAUAAUAAGAUGAAUAAUACAAAUAAUGUUAUAAAAUAUAAAGAGAAAAAAAGAAAACAUCCUAAGAUAAGUUUCGAUACAUAUAAUUCAGAAAUUUUAAAGAUGAAAAGUGAUAUAAUAUUAAGAAGAAAUAGUACAAUCACAAAUAAAAUAUAUAAGAAGAGUUAUAAGAAUAAAACAGAAAAGAAAGAUCAUAAUAUUCAUAUUAAUAGUAAUGAUAAUAUGGAUGUAAUCUAUAAAUGGAGGCAAAAAAAAAAAAAAAAAAAUGAUGAUGUUGAAUCCCAAAGCAGUAAAGUUAAUAAAACCAAAAAAAAAAAAAAUUUAAAAGAAAAAGAAAAAGAAAAAAAAAAAAAAAAAUUCAAAUGUAAAAAUAAAAGCAAUAUAACAAAAAUGGAAGAAAAAAAUGCAGGAGAAAAUAGUCAAAUAAAAUAUUCCUUUUCAGAAAAUAUGAGAAAAAAAAGUUUGAAAAAUUCAUUUUUUUCUCUUGGGAGUAAAAGGAUGUCUAAGUUUUAUGGUACUACAUCUUCUUCAAAAAAGACACUAGAUGAAUAUGAAAACACGUUUUUUGACGAAACAUUAUUAUUAAAUAGAUUAAAUAAAAAAAAAAACGAUGGAAUAUAUGACAUUGGUUGUAUGUACAUAAAUAAUGAAGAUGUGAGUGUUAAAGGUUCCAAAGAUUUGUUUGAUAGUAUUAAAAAAAAAAAAAAAAUGGAAAAGAUGGCAAAAAUGGGGAAAGUGGCAAAAAUGGGGAAAGCGGCAAAAAUGGAAAGAAUGGAAAGAAUGGAAAAAAUGGAAAAUGUUGAAAAAAUGGAAAAUAUUGAAAAAAUGGAAAAUAUUGAAAAAAUGCCAAAAAAAACAAAAAAUUUAGAAAAGACGAAUGAGAAAGAAUUUAAUGAUCAUGUUAAUGGUGUUAUUCCAAAUAUUAAGAAUAAAAAUCAUAUGAUAAAUAUUUAUAAUAAAAAUAAUAUGAUAAAUAUUUAUAAUAAAAAUAAUAUGAUAAAUAUUUAUAAUACUAAUAGUAUGGUUAAUAGUUACAAUAAUGUGGUAAAUAGUUAUAACAAUGUAGUUAAAAAUAAUUACUAUAAUAUGAAUAGAUCGAAAAUGUUGAAGCAUGAAUUUACUUCAUUUAAUGAUAAUACAGAAAAUCUAGAUGAUUACAAAAAUAUGAUGAACAAUUUAAAAGGUAAAGAAGAAAAAAAUAAGAAAAGAAAUAAUUCUUAUAUUGAUAAUAUUAUAAAAAUAAUAAAUUGUUUGGUUGAUGAAUAUGUCCCAAAAUUAAUUGAUAGAUAUGAAUAUUAUGUAAAUACCUUAGAUGAAAAAAAUAAAUUAUUAAAAAUAAAAAUAAAAGAUUCCUUAGAUUUUGGAGAUAUACAAUAUGAGGAGAUACGCGAGUUAAAAUCUCAGCUAAUUCAAAAAAAUAAUAAAAAUAAAAAAUUAAAUGAUACAAUAGAUAUGUUAAAAGAUAAGUUAGCAUAUAUGAAUGAAUUAGAAUCUAAAAAUUUUGAAUACCUCGAUGAAAUUGUUAUGUUAAGAAAUCGAGUAACUUAUUUAGAAAAAAUAAUUGAAGAAAAUGAUCAAUCCAAAGAAUCUAUAGAAAUUAAAAAAAUACGUAGAAAUUUAAGAAAUAUAUAUAAAAAGAUGAAAAGUGAAAUGAGAUAUAUAGUAAAUUUUAAAUAUAAAAAUGAUAAACGAUAUAAAAAGAAGAAAAACAGGUUCUCUCUGUAUAAAUGGUUGUCUAUAAAUGAUAAGGUGGAACAAUAUUAUAUGGAAUAUAAAAAGGAUGAAAGUAAUAAGAAAGAAAAGAAUAUAGGUAAUAUGUGUUAUUUAAAGGAACGACAAGGCAGCAAAGAUAUAGUAGAUGAUGAUAUAUUAUCUUGUGUGGAAGAAAAAAGGGACGACCUGACAAACAUAAACAAUAAAAAUGUUGAAAAUGUUGAAAAUGGUGAAAAUGUUGAAAAUGAUGAAAAUGUUGAAAAUAAUAAUAUGGAGAAGAAUUAUACACGAUUUGAUAAACAAGUGGAUACAAGCGAUUUGUUAUAUUAUCAUGAUAAUAUAACACUUGAAAAAUGUGAGGAAGAGAAGAAAAUAUCCUGUAAUGUUUUAGAAAACAGGAUGAAAGAUAUUACACAAAAUAAUAUUAAACUAAAUCAAGAUGCUAAUGAUAUCAAGUUGAAUCAUACAAAGUUGGGUACAUUCUUAUUACCAACAGUACAAUUAUGCAAUAGUAGUAGUAUAAUUAUACCUAUGGAAGAUAUUAAACAAAAUAAUACUUUACAAAAUAGAGUUGAUAAAAUAACAAAUAAAAGUAAGUAUCCUAUUCAAAGAGAUUCUUUAGUCCCUUUGUGUUCAUCACAUCCCAUCCCAGUCGAAAGUUAUCCAUAUUAUCAUUAUUAUUACAGUAAUAUACAUACAAAGAGGGAACCAAAAAUAGAUAUAAAUAUAAAUGUGGAUAACAACAUGUGUAAUAAUAUUGCUUGUUGUAUUAAAGGAAGAGGAAGAGGAGAAGGGGAAGAAGAAGAAGAAGAAGAAGAAGAAGAAGGAGUAGGAGUAGGAGAAGAAGGAAGAGUAAGAAUGAGAAAAAAAAAGAACGUGAGAAAAUUCUUUAGUAUAACUGUUCCAAAGGAACAUGUUCUAAAAAAAAAAAAAAAAAAAUAUAUUUAUAAUAAUGAUGAAAUCAUGAAUGAUAAUAAAAUUAUUAUUACAAAAAAUUGUCAAUUAAAAGAUAUGUUUAAGAAAGAGGAAUAUAAAGAAAGAAAAAUAAAUUGUCCUUAUAAAUAUUAUGAGAACAAAAGAAAGAGAGAUUUUUUAUUUUUCAUAAACGCAUUAAGAAGGAAUGAUAUAUUAAGUUAUAAUAAAAAAUGUAAAGAUAUUUAUUAUAAUCACCAGCUUGCUCUUGAUAAAAAAUGUUUAGAUAUAAGUAACGAUUUAAAGAGAAAACGUUUUUAUAAGAAAUGUGUGGAUCUCAGUAUGAUUAAAGGUAAAUAUGAUAAUAAAAAUUAUAAUAGUGAUAAUAAUAAUAAUGAUAAUCAUAAUAAUAAUAAUAAUAAUGAUGAUAAUCAUAAUAAUAAUAAUAAUAAUAAUAAUAAUAAUAAUAAUGAUAAUGAUAAUCAUAAUCAUAAUAAUAAUUAUUUUAAUAAUUAUUAUAAUAAUUGUUAUCGUAAGAAAGAAGCGAACGUUCGUUCUGCAUUAUCCUUGAAUAUUAUACCCUAUGAAAAGGUCGAGAUAAAGGAAAAAAUAAAAAAAAAAAAGAGUAAUAAUAACAAUAGCAUUUGUCGUUUUAUAUCUUUUGAUUACUGUUGUAAUAUAAAUAAUAUGUCAAAGAAAAAAAAACGUAAUGUUUCUUGGGAAAGCACAAGAAGUAGUAGUCAUGAAGGUGAAGAGCAAAUGAAAUGGGGACGAGAUUAUAGCAAUAGAUUAUUUUUUAAAAAAUAUGAUGAAAAGGAUGAAGAUACAUUUGUGCAGAAUAAUUAUAGUUAUGCAUAUAAUUCUUGUGGAGAAGUGGAUAUGGCCAACACACAUUAUAAAAAUAAUAAUAAAAAAAAAAUAAAAUAUAACAAUAAUGAUGAUAAUGAUGAUAAUGAUAAUAAUGGUGAUAAUGAUGAUAAUAAUAAUGAUAAUAAUAAUAAUAAUAACAAUAAUAAUAAUUAUAUAUAUAAAAUGAUUGCUAAUCGUGUGGACGAGAACCCAUUAUUAUUUAGCAACAAUAUUGUUCUGCCUAAUCAUUUCUUACCAUAUAUAAAAGAUCAAAACAAAAAAGAAGCACAUACCACAUUACCAACACAAACACAAUGGAAUGUUAAGGAACCUUUCGACUGUACAGAUAAAAAUACAUAUCGCUAUUAUAAUUUAUUUCAUCAGUAUUUAGAUAUAAAUAGAAAGAAUUACAAAAGGAUAAAUGCAUAUUUGCAUAAUAACUUUGCAUACACAUCUGAUAUACCUAGAGGUUGA